AUGUCCAAGCGACUCUUUUCGCAAACCAAGUUUGAGGAAGAAAACAAUCUAGACAACACAAAGGCCGCCAUUCCUCUUAGCAAGUCAAGACCUGAUCUUGUGAAUGGCAUUCCUUUGUCAGGCGAAGAUUAUUUACUUGUUGUAAGACAACAAGCUAAACAGUGUGCCAAAACAGUGGUUGCUCCACCACCUAAAAAGACAAAGAAGAUUGAAUUACCACCUCACUUUCAAAUACUUGCUGAUUCAGAGUCAAACACACAAUGUCAAGCAUCUGACGCAUGGAGAAAAGGAUUUACUGAACCAUUCAAAACAUAUCAAAAGCAAAUGCAAAAGAACAAAAAACCAACACACAAACACAAGGAAAUCACGUCCAUAGAUGAAGCAUACAAGCUGCUUUACAAGACAGACAACCAAGAUUUGAUGACCUUGAUUCCUACUUUGUCACAACAUUCCAUCUUAAAAUUACUGCAUUUUCAUUGCCAAUGGCUUCAAAACAAUACAGACAUUAAACUAAAGUGUCAAUGGAUCUUUGGUCUGUUAGUCUACCUUGACCCUGUACUAACAUCCAAGAAUGUAUCUAUUCUACGUGAUUUAUCUCGAGAAUGUAUCAAAAUUAGGCCUUCAUUGCCUGCACAUAUUGCACCUCUAAACAUCAUUAUUACCAUUAUAUCCGAUACUUUUGCCAACUCUCCUGAAAAAUGGUUGCCCUGGGAAGACGAUCUACUACGCAACUAUGUCAAACAUAACGGCAAAAAAUGGAAUGAAUUUGUACAGCACUGUCUACCUCAUCGAUCACCCAAACAAUGUCAAGCCCGUUGGUCUGAUGUCUUGAAUCCUGACCUCAAGCAAGGCCCGUUCAGUGCAGAAGAAAAAGAUCGACUUCAACAAGCUGUUGCCGAGUUGGGUGUAGGUCGAUGGGCCGAGAUCAGCAAGACUUACCUGCCUCAUCGAUCUGCUCGACGUAUAGCAAACGUAUGGUCUUCCAUGACCAUAUCCAAAAAGAAGAAAUGGUCAAAAGAAGAAGACGAGUUGUUACUUCAAGGCCUUCAAGCACACGGACCUUCUUCAUGGGCUAAAGUAGCAGCCGAGUACUUACCAUGGCGUACUCGUAUGCAGAUACGAAACCAUUAUCGAACGUAUCUUGACCCGACCAUCAAACAAGUCCGAUGGACAGACAGUGAGCUAGAUCUAUUGCUUCGACGGACUAUUGUAUAUGGUCAGAACUGGAAUAAAGUAGCAGAAGGGUUGCGUGGAAGAACGCCUGAACAAUGCAACCAAGUCUGGAUGACACAGUUAGAUCCUGCAUUGAAUAAGGGCCCUUGGUCUAAAGAAGAAACACUUUUGUUUUGGAAACAAAUGGUUGAAUGCCAAGGCAAUUUUGUCAAGGUGGCAGCGACAUUGCCAGGUAGAACGCGUUUGAUGUGUUCUUUCAAGUUUUGGUCUGUUGUCAAAAAGGACCCAGAAUUCACCUUGUUGUAUGGCGAUCAAAUCAAAAAGGAAAGGUCAGAGAACAGUCCUGAAUGGAGAACACGGAUAGCUAAACUAGUAUGUGAAUGGAUUGAACGAGGAACAACUGUAAGAGAAGCCUCCAAUCACAGCGUCAUGCUUCAUCGAGCUGGAAGUUGGAGUCAAGAAGAACUGGAUCGUCUAGAAAAGACUGUCAAUGAGCAAUUAGAGAACAAAACUACUGUAGACUGGAAAGAAGUCGCUAAAGAAUUCAUUGGUAGAAAUGUACAUCAAUGUAGAUAUCAAUAUGAAGAGCAUUUAUCAAACAAACAUAUCAAAAAGGGAGCAUGGUCAGCACAAGAAGACGCAUUAUUAGUGUCACUUGUCAACAAACAUGGUAUAGGUCAUUGGGAUAACAUUGUUCAAGAAAUGCCUCAGAGAAACAAGCGCCAAUGUGCUUAUCGAUGGUACCGCGAACUUCAGUUCAAAACUGGAGAUCAAGACACGCCUGCUAUCAUAAAGAACAAACGACUCACAGAAACAGAAAAGAUGUUGAUUCGAGAAGGUGUACACAUGUUUGGUCCUCAAUGGCAUGCUAUUCGUAUGACUUAUUUGCCUUCUCGUACACCAAAGCAAAUGAUGGAGUGGUGGCAUUAUCAACAACAGAAUCCUGAAGGUCUAGCAAAAAGAACAUGGAAUGAACAAGAGGAUCAAGUUCUUAAAUUUGCUGUUGAAAAAUACAGCAAUGAAUUUGGGCAGGUCACAUCUUGGUCUGAUAUAGCUAAAAUGAUUCAAGGCAGAUCGCCUAAGCAGUGUAAAUCAAGAUGGCUCUAUAGUUUACAGCCUCAUUUAACUAAAGGCAAAUGGUCAUAUGAAGAAGAACUCAAGUUGCUAGACAUUAAAAUAUAUGGCCUCUAG